UGGUCUGACUUGUUCGGUCACAUUCUACUCAUACUGGUUAAAGUUCACAAAUUGACGCCCCAUAUUUGAGGGCAAAAACUGAAGUAGUUUCUCUUAGUCGAACUUUUCCUCAUAGAAAACGAUUUAACUGAUUCAACUGCAGCCUGAUUAAACCUCGUGCAAUGACGGAUAUCACCUUUACUUUAGCAAGCUGUUCGUGUUGCAGCGUCUGAUUAACUCGAUAUUUCACGACUUCUGCACGAUCAGUGAUGGAGGAGGAUCUAGGAAGCCCAGUGGCUAAGAUUAAGGAGGAGUCCGGUAGUGUCCUUCUCACCUACUUCCAAGGAGACAUCAACAGCAUGGUGGAUGAACAUUUCUCCCGUGCUCUAAGUAAAGCAACUAAACCGAAGGGAGAGCACUCCAAAAUGAAAAGAAACCUCAGAUCUGCUCAAACAAAUGAACUUGGUUCAAAUCAAUGGGAAGCACAGUCACAAACUAGGUUUCAGCCCAUGUUUCCUCCAGAACAUCUCCGGCUCAGAACAAGCAGCGAGUCUCAAUCAAACCAUCAUAUGCCACCAAAUCUCCCUGCAAACAACGCUGUUCUGUGGUCAGGGGAUUCUAGGCAGGGUAUGAGUCUCGCUCUGCCCCCCAUGAUGUACCCCUCGGCUGUAUCCUCUGAUGGUUUGAUGGUAGCCGAACAACAGUACUCUAAUUCUCUGUUAAACUUGCUCCACAACGAUCGCCCUGACAUGAGCACAGUGAUGGGACCCUCCUCCAAACAAGAACUCAUGUCUGGAUGGACAAAGUAUCCUGGAUUUGGCGGCCAGAUGGCUUGUGAUCUCAAUCUAAACUCUGGUGUUCAGGUGAUUGAGAAAAAAGAUCUUUAUUGGUAUUAACUCAAAAGAUUUGAGAUUUAAAAGCAAGAACAAAGAAGUCUUUCAUCGCUCUUUCAUUUAACUGAACACGUGACUAAUGGACCUUGCAAUGCUUCACCUGGAGGCUUCUGCACAUCCAACCUGUUCAGAAACAAGCUCUUCGUGUACCCCAG